GCAACCAGGGUAACGAGCAUUGCUUUACAGCUCAAUAAAUGUGCACUCACAUCUCUGUGCACUGCUUUGUACAAUUUCUGUACUUUACACGUGAGCAAUACAGCUGCAACAGGCUAACAGGAGCAAGAUUUAAAAGAAUGCAUCAGCUUUUUUCAAGUGCUCUGCCCUUGAACACUUGUAUCAUAGCAGGAGAAAAAGCCUACAUGCGUAUUGUCGAUACUGGUGACAUUGUGUGUAACAGUUAUUAAAGUGAUCAAGGUUGUGUGCUCUGCUGGGGACGCUGGGUUGUGCAAAGAGUUCUGUGAGCAGAUCUCUGCUGGGGAAAGGGGUCACAGCAGCUUCAAAGUCAGCAAAUGAUGAUACAGCAAGUGUGGUAUAAAGAAAGAAGGAAAGAAUGCAUAUGAAUUGUUACAAAGCCAAACUUCAAUUUACCUGUCAAUUAGUCAUUGAGACUAAGGUCAUCAUAGCACUGAACUCUCCAAACAAGCUGACUGGGAUCCUUGUUUUUUCCAGCAUUGGUGCACUCACAGGAGUCCUUGUAGUCCCUAUUGCACACCUCACCUUCCUGACAGCCAGACUAGGCUUUGGCAUGGGUCACUUGGGUGCCAAACUUACCUGACAGAGGAAUCUUUAAUUUGGCCAUAGGGAAUGCAGCAGCUUCAGCCCUGGGUCUCCCAGUAGCCAGGUGGGGUAGCCUUGAGAGCAGUCUGUGUUAACAAAGCAGCAGAAAGUGAAUCUUGGACCAUGUCACAGUGAGUCUGCUGUGUGGAUACUGAGCAUUACCAGGUCCUUCCAAAGGAGGAGAUAAGAGCUCAGAGACUAGUUCACUAAACAGUGACACUGAUAUUGGCGUGGAGGGAAUGGUAGGAAAUGGUCAGUGCAUCUGCUGUUAUGAAAGAGGGUGUGCAAGAGUGUUGCUAAAGAUAAUUCCUUCUAUGUCUGCUGAUCUGCUGAAAGGAGACACACAGAGUUGCCAGAACAAGAGUGAGGAAGACAUCCCAAAGAGUUCCCCAUUUGGCUUUGUUAUAAAACAAUUCCAAGGGAAGAGAUCCUCUUCUGGAAAGAGAAAAGAGCAGCCUUCAGCCAUCCAGAAGUUCUUCAGUGGCUUUGACUUUGGGAAAUCAGAAGGCAAGGCAAGACAAGAAAUUGAAGAAACAGAAAUAAACAACUGUAGAGCUGAUGAUCAGAGUGAGAAGGAAAAUCUCUCAGUAGAAGAUGAAUCUUCACAGCUGAUUUCUGAAGCAGAGUCACCAUCUGGUGAGCAGAGAUUGAACCAGUUCAUGCAGAAACUGGGAAAGAAACCCAACAGCAAGAACCUGGAUCUCAAUAAUUGUGCAUUAAGUGCAGCAGAUGUAACAGAGCUGGCUUCUUUACUGCCAUUUCUGCCAGAGCUGGAAGAGAUCAGCCUGUCCUGGAAUGGUUGUGUUGGAGGGACUUUGAAAACCCUCACUGCUCAGUUCCAUCAUGUGAACCUGCUAAAAGUCCUUCGACUUAACAGCUGCAGGCUGUCAGCUGAGGAUAUCACCUCUUUAGGAGAGGCAUUUGAAAUUGUUCCUCAGCUUGAAGAACUGGAUUUAUCAUGGAACAGCAACAUAGGUGGCAAACUAUCACUCCUGACAAAAAAACUUCGGAAGGGAUGCAAGAUUAAACUCCUGAAAAUUACAGAUUGUAACCUGACAGCCAGAGAUGGAGAAUCCCUCGCUGAAAUACUAAAUGUGCUCCCAAACCUUGAAGUAUUAGAUCUCUCUAUCAACAAACACAUUGGCUGCAGCAUGAAGGUCAUUGCUCAGGAUCUGAGAAAUGUACCAGGCCUCAAGGAGUUGAACUUGCACAUGUGUGGAUUAAAGCAGGACAGCCUCCAGGGCUUAGACACUGCUUUACAGCACCUUACAGCACUGAGAAAAUUAGACAUAUCGUGUAACAAAGAGAUUGGUGGUGGCUUUAAAGACUCAGCAGCUCAUUUGGCCAGCUUGAAAAAUCUCGAAGUCCUUGACCUCCACCAGUGCUGUGUAACAGAAGAAGACGUGACCGUUUUGUCCCAGGUGAUACCUUUACUCUCCAGUCUUCAAGAGCUGAAUUUAUCCUGGAAUAAAAACAUAGGAGUCUCAUCUGAUCCUCUUCUCGGCAGACUCAGAUUUUUACCGAAGUUGAGAUCUGUGGCCAUCAGCAAUUGUGGAUUAGGCAAGGAGUCCUUUUCAUCACUGGCUGAGGCUGCCCUUCACCUUCCUGAACUGGAGAUAUUAGACCUUUCUUGGAAUAAGUGCGUUGGUGGAAACCUAAAGCUGCUUUUGGGAGCACUAAAGCUUGCAACGGAGAUUCAAGUGUUAAGACUGAGCAGCUGUAACUUGGUGGCUGAAGAUUUGGCGCUUCUAACAUUACUGUCACACGAUGGCCACCUCGCCAGGUUACAGAAGCUGGAUUUGAGUUACAAUAACACCAUCUCUGAUGAAGGGUGGAUGGUUUUCUGUCAAGGCUUAACAGUAUUCAAAGAACUCUCAGAGCUGGAUGUCAGUCUUCGUCCAUCAUCCUGCCGUGCCUGUGGGACGUGGUUCAGUGAGUUGUUAGCAGCACUGACAAAGCUGCCUGCAUUGGCAGAGCUGGGCAUGCAAAGAUGGGUCCUUUCAGAAUCGCAGCGUAAACAGCUGGAAGGCUUUAAUCGAGACAACAAAAGAAACAUUCGUUUUGACUGUUGAUGGAGGUUGGAG